AUGUCAACACAUCCUUUCUCCCUACUAAAGAACAACCAAACAAACAAACAACCAUCCUCAACUCAACCGGUCAACUUGGAUUUCAAAACUCCAGUUCAAAUCCAUUGGCAAACACCACAGCAAACAAUUGCUGGUCAAUCUUUUUGUCAACAUCGGCCAACACGGACGAUUUGCAUCUCUUUUGAGGAUUCUUUGUUUCAGUUCACCCAAAAAAAACCUUCUUUGCAAAAUCCCAAAUUGCGCAAAUUGGAAUCUUGA